AUGGACUCGCCAUCGACAAUACCGACGUACGACGGCGAGGACGCCGAGCGCGUGUUUGCACGAAGCCGCGCACACUGGCAGCAGGCGCUCGCCCAGGCCCUAGCGCUGCCCAGCACAGCAGCGGCCGCAGCGCCCAAGGCUCUGGAUGUGCAGCGUGCGCUGUUCCGCACACCGGCGCUGCCGGACUCGCUGCCGCGCGAUGCCGACACGAUCUACGGCAUGCCGUUCUGGACGGGGGCUCCCCUCAAACCGUGUGCGCAUCGCAAUCUACAGGGACCAAAGGAGAAGUUUUCACUGCGAACAAAGUACCGCAUCCGCGUGACGGUGGCGCCGGCGGAGAGCAUGUCAUUUGCAACGUGGCCAGGCACGCCCCACAAUGGCGUGGCGUGGCUGGCGCUGGGCUGGGCCUAUGUGCUGAGUGCUAGCCUCGCCGAGCGGCAGGGCGUGUCCGUCGAGUACCGCGACGAAGACACUUGCAACGUCGACGGCCAGACCGAUGGCGUGCAGCAUGACAAUACGCAACAGACUGUGUCGCUCCCGUACGCCACGCCGGCCGAACGGCGAUGGUGGCGUGCCAUCACCGCCCCGGGCGCUGGCUGGGUGCUUGCGGACGGCGGCUUGACGCCAUGGGCCGUCGAUGUGGCCGAAGAGGGCCUGGGGCGCGUCGCUGUCGCCACGGAUGCCGACGAGAUCGACGCCGUGGCGGAGACACCUCCCACGGCGCGACAGGCCGCGCGCUACCUCGCCCGCAUGUGCGCCUUCUUCCGUCUCGGCAGCCAGAGUUCCGCCGCGUUCGCUGCCGCGCUCACCUUUCCACUGCAUAGCCACACAUUUUGGCGUGAAGAGAACCCCAUCUGCUUGCCACGGCCAAGGCUAGGCACCGAUAUUGGCCGUGGUGGUAGCCGCGGUCGUGGCCGAGGUCCAGGUCGAGGUCGUGGACGUGGCCGUGGCCGUGUUCAUGACGUUGAUGCCAUUGAUCCCGCCUGCGAUCUUGCCAACUGCCCUUUGUCCAGCGAAUUCGCUAACCUCAGCUACUACUUGUCGCUCAGCCUCGCGCCGUGGGUGAUUGGUUCGGCUCUCUUCAGUGCCUUCUGGGAGCGUGACGUGCCUUGCCACUUGGCUGGUGCCUGGAUCCAACCCGCCGCUGCCAUCGUCAUACCAAUCCUGUGGACGGAAACCGGUGCCACCCGGCCCGAUGGCGACUUUGAGCUUUUUGCUAAAGUGCUCUCGGGGACGCGUUCGGCUCCCUUGUGGCUUGGUGUCGCUCUUUGUGGACACGGCCGCUUCUUGCAAAGCGUUUAUUGGUACCUGUCCCACCUCCAGUCUGCGGGUUAUUUGGUCUCAAGAGGGAUGGCGGCCGCUUGGACGGGCCUACAGGCCUGCUUUUUACAUGACUUACUAUCGGCCUCGCCACAGGGUGCCGGCCUUGUGUCCCGUGCCCACGUGUGUCGGUUGCGGCAUGCGUUUACCAGAAAUUACCCUCCGGAUGAGAACUUUCAGUACAUGCCCUUGCAUCCUUGGCCCCCAUUUGGCGUGAUGCGCGUCGAGGACGUCGAGUUGGAGAUUCGCGCGCAUGUGACAUGCGGCCACCGCUGGACAUAUUCCCACUGGACCUGGCUAGUCCCGGGUGCCGAUACUGACCAAGACGAUGGCUUCUUCCUCAACAGGUCCACACCGAUGCCGCCUGCUCGAAUCAUUCCGCCCCCGCCGGCACCCGAUUCACCUCUGGAUGCUACGCUUACGGCAGCCUUGGAAGCAAACCCCAUUCAGCCCACCGAGUGGGACAAAAUCCGUACCAUGUCCCGUCAUGCCACAGAGACUAUUUUUUGGUGGGCCAACACUCAAGUCGAACGGGGUUUUGCUGGCACCGUUUUGCCGCAGAUGCCGGCCCAGGGCGAUCGUUUGCCUGCAACGGGUAGCCCGAAGCAACUCAAGCAUUACGAUGCCAUGUCGGUGGAAGUAUGGCGAGAUGGCGUUGUGCAAGCUGAUGCGCCAGGGGCACUGAGUCGCCUUAAGAUGUCGUAA